ACUGUUUAAGCAAAAUUAUAUUUAAAAAUGGGGGCAUUUACAAAUAAGAAUUUCAGUGUGGAUUAAAGUACUUAAAAAGCAGUAACUCUAAACGUAGCCGCCUUUUCCGGCGCAUUAUGAAAGUGAAUCGAACGCACCCCUCAACGGAAUCCACGAGAAGCGGCGGAAGUUGUUUAAAUAAAGUUAACUUUAUUUAUAAAACAAAGUACGAACCGCUAACAGUGUGUUUUAAAUAAAGUUAACUUUAUUUACAAACAUUGAAAGCAACAACUACUGACAAAAACGGCAAAUUUGUUUCAAAUAUGUUGACUACAACACGUUAUUCGGGCUUAUGAACAACGGGAAACGUCAACGCUUUUUUCAUGUCUUCAAGAAAGCGUAAAAGGUACUCUAAGGACCUGAAGUGUGUGUUUUUCCCUGAUGACACCAAAAAUGGUCUUCAAAAAAGGGGAAACGGGACUCCAUCGAUUUCAUCCGCUUUAUCCACCAAAAGUUGGGAGAAGUGUGGCGAGAGUUUUCUGGAAAGUCCGGGGAUAAAGGACCUCCAGCCAUUGAGGAGAAAUCCAUCUGUCAUCAGAAAACUCUCUGAGUCACCUGCUCCUGAGCAGAGCAGGCCUUCUCUGCGUGUUGAAGAUCCUGUUCAUAUAACUUGGAGCUCCAGCGACUCUGAUCAGUCGGACAAUGAGUCCCGGGAACAGCAGCAGACUCGGUGUGUUUCACAGAAGCAACAGCCGAGUCGGAGACCGGCGAAGCUCGUGGCUCCGAUCAAGUCUUAUGCAAGCAUGCUGAGCGAGUUCACUCCUGACAAAGAUGACCUCCCUGUUAUUGACACAGACAGUGAUCUGGAAGACUCAGACUGUGAGUCACAGUCUGCGAGAGAAAAGACUACAGAGACUCCUCACAAAGAUUCAAAUGAGCCAGAAAUCUCCAGUUAUGCGUCCGACGGAGACGAUAUCGACAGCACCUUGGCCUCCAGCAAACUGGACUCUCAGAGUCUUUCUCUCCAAACUGUCGAUGGCAGCAAGAGGUCAGUCAGUGAGUGGGUCAAAUAUGCACAGGCGAUGCUGCAGACGCCUCAGAAGUCCACCGACAGGCGAGCCAGGACCCCGGAGGACUCCGCCAAAAAGAGAAGAAAGUUUCAAAGUGGAGGUCUGGCAGAGAGGCUCAACCGGCUCCAGUGCAGGCAGAGGUCAGCCAUCAGUUUCUGGAGGCACGACGCGGCGGCAGCAGUGGACAGGCCCGGUGUGAUGGUGCUGGAGGUGCUGGAGGUCCAGGAAGAGUGUGGCAUGCAGCUUGCGCUCUGCGAGCGUCAGCCCCCCCUGAGGGACGACCACCAGCUCUGUCAGCGAGCUUCUAAAGAACAAAACGGCCGGACGCUGGUGUUAUUCAACAGAGAGACUGCAGCCCAGCUGAGUCCAGCCCCGAGAGAUGUCAUCCACAUACACCCACCAUGGCAAAGUCUGUCCAUAGAAGGCUUCAGCUUUCCUGUCCUGCUGAACACACACUUCAGCCAAAAAGUGAACCAAACCUGCAAACCAGCUUUCACGUUCUGUGCAGAGAAGCACAUGCCGUAUUAUUUGGGUAAAACAUUUGGACUCCUGGAUGAGUGCAGGACUGUAGACAAAAACCAUCCAAAGCAGGGUGAAUCCUCUGAUUCUCUGUGCAGCCUCAGAGGUUGGACGUCACGUGGGACGUCUCUCCUGGAGGCCGUCGAGGGCCUCGGUCAGGCUGGCUCCGUGGAGCAGGAAGUGGAAGUGGUCGCUCAAAGGGUUUUCUCCAUCUACAUGGCUGACUGCUCACCUGCGUCCAUCAAACAUAAAGCCCCCACGCGGCCCUCCAGCACUCCUCCUCCUCCUCCUGGAGGGGAGGAAGCAAAAACCAGGCUGUGCGUGCUGGUCCAGGACGGCUGCGGGACGUUCAGCGUGGUCCAACUCCAGCCUCUGCUGUCCAGCGACGAGCUCAGCACCUACCGCCAGAUGUGGCUGGGGAGAACAUGCCUGCUGCGGGGCAUUAAAGUGCUGAAGCGGGUCACUCGAGAGAGAUACUCCAGGCUGUUCAGCUUGAUCGACAGCCUGUGGCCCCCUGUGCCGCCUCCUGAAGAUGGUGGAAACUCACCGAGCACUCCCGGUGGCGACAGACCUGCUGGUCCACCUCCCAGUUUCUGCUACCUGCUGUCAGGCCAGCAGGGCUCCAUAAAGCCGACCGAGGGGCGAAGCGUUUCCCCGCUCCACCUUCCCCCCGCCCACCGAACUUUACAAGACACGCUGCAGAGCGAGGCGGGCGCCGGUCGCUGCAGUUUUGUUGCUGCUGUUUUGCACAAAAGAAUGCAGAGCGAUGUAGGCCAGCGUGAAGUGUGGUUGGUGAUCACAGACCCCAGUCUUCAGGAGGCCGAGAGGCCACGCAGGCGAACGCUGGCUGUGUGUGUGAGCGCUUCCUGUGUGCUCACUUCCUCUGUCCUCAAAGCCCUGCGUUCCCCCGCCGUCUGUCAUCUGUCCUUCACAGACGUCAUCCGAGAAAACGGUGCCCUCCUCUGUGUGGAGCAGUCUGUGAUUGAGGUUUGCUCCGAGGAGCCCCAGGGCGGUAUCAGCGCUUCAAACAGGCCAGAGUCAGACUUACAGUUUCUGCAGAGGCCCCAGGUGAAGCCCCUGCCCCGGCCUGCGAGACUAGAUCCCGUCAGUGUGGAGACCACACCCAACUCUCUGUGCUCCCUGUCAGGGGUGAUCGUUGGUGUGGAUGAGAGCACGGCAUUCUCCUGGCCCGCCUGCAACCUCUGCGGGAACGACGACUUGCAAUCGUCAGCCGAGAGGCCUCAAAGCUUUCACUGCAGUUCCUGUAAGUCAGAGGUGGAUAAGCCCAACAUGAAAUUCCAGCUGGAAGUCUUCCUCAGCUCCCCGUCAUUGAGUAGCUGCACGCUGAAGGUGAAGCUGCAGCAGAAGACGAUCAUGUCCGUCCUGAACACCACGGCGUCGGAGAGCGCUGAGUUCCAGGGCUGCGAUGUGGAGAGCGUACUGGGAAAAGAGGUGGGUCCCAUCACAGUUUACAGCCGCGUCGUCACCAGGAACCCUGCCCUGUGGAUUGGCCUGGAGGAGGUGUGCCUCUGAAGCUGCAGAUAUCAAUCUUCAGGCUUCAGCUGGCUCCAAGGAUCAGCGCGCCGGGCCUUGGUCUGGGCCCGUUUAUCCCCCUGCAAAGGCCUCCCUGACAGCUUAAGGCUGUGUCCAUGUACAUGCAAACUCCUGGACUGGGAGGUUCUGGGUCCAAGGGUGCAUUCAUGUCAGAUAAACCCCCGUUUGGAUGUAGAAUUCAAAUAAAAACUAUAUUUUUUGCUGA